AACAAUCGAAUACCCAUAAACAUGGGUUUGAUUGUCAUUCCUACCCACAUACAUAUUCGCCCCACUCCACCCAUCGUCAUCACUAAUUUAACCAAGUAAAGUAAUGGGGAAAAGAAAAGGCCUGAACAGUGAACAGACAGCGGAAACAGCAAAGUCAACUGGAAAGCUAGCUAAGUCUUCCCUUUGUGGCAGCCUUUUAGGAUAGUAAACUAAAAGGGUUCUCGCUUACCGUGCUUCGUUUCUUCCUUUCCAGCUGCAAAAAGCCUCCCCGAGCACCAAAUGCACACUAAUCCCCUUUCAAAGGAAAAGCAAACAAUAAAUCAUCUUCUUCUAACAUAAACAAAGGCCUGUUAAGCCGACCUUCGAUUCCUUCCUCCGUCGCAGGAAUCCUUUUCUCUCUUGUCGCCCGAAUAAAGAAUUCCGCAGAAUUCCUGCCUGCAAAUGCUCUUGUUCUCUCCCGUUCCACUUCUUUCUUUCUUUCUCGGCAAUUGUUUAUUUUUCUGCCUGAUUGCUUGCGUAAGCUAAUUAGGAAAGCCGAAGAAGCAGAAACAAACAGCAAAAGAACCCUCUUUUCGACCACCCGAAGAACGACUGUUUCAGCGAACUAAAGGAGGAGGAAAGCAACCAAAAGACGUCAUUUUGGACUCGGUAUUAGAUCGGGAAGAGGUAAUUCUGAUAUACCCACAUCGUCUUUUUACCCAUGUUUGUUUGCCCUGCGCUUUUUCUGCUGCUCUGUCCAGGUCCGGUCAAGGUUUUAGAUCCUUUCAACGGUCUCUAGCAGGUUUCAAUUUCGUGUCUGUUUUCAUUUCUGGUGAUCAAGGUUCUUUGUUUCUGAUGGGUUUUGCAGGCUGCCGAUUUUGGAGAGGUGGGUUUGGUCUGUAAUUUGCUUUAGGGGGGUAUAUACUGGAGGUGGAUGGUUGCAAUUUGAUCGGGGGCAACUUUGAAUUGGUGGUGCGCCCCCGCCCAAUUCUCUUGCAUCUAUGGAGAGAUUGUGCUGUUUCAGUUCUUACUCUCAGAUUGUAGGAGGGCGUUCUUCAUCUAGCUCAGGGAGAGGAAAGAACCACGAUGGUCUAGUUAAGUAUGGUUUCAGCCUGGUAAAAGGGAAAGCGAACCAUCCCAUGGAAGAUUAUCAUGUUGCUAAGUUUGUUCAGAUUGAAGGGCAUGAGUUAGGGCUCUUUGCUAUUUAUGAUGGUCACUUGGGAGAUGGUGUACCUUCAUACUUGCAGAAAAAUUUGUUCCCGAAUAUCCUAAAGGAGGAAGAGUUCUGGGCUUUUCCUGACAGGUCUAUCUCUAAAGCAUAUGAAAGUACAGACCAAUAUAUACUCUCCCAAGGUUCAGGCUUGGGGAGAGGAGGGUCUACAGCUGUUACUGCAAUUUUGAUAAAUGGCCAAAGGUUGUUGGUAGCUAAUGUUGGGGACUCGAGAGCAGUCCUUUCAAGAGGAGGUCAAGCAGUACAAAUGAGUAUAGAUCAUGAACCUAAUACCGAAAGAGACAGCAUUGAGGACAGAGGUGGCUUUGUCUCGAACAUGCCAGGAGAUGUUCCGAGGGUCAACGGACAGCUGGCAGUUUCUCGCGCUUUUGGAGACAAAAGCCUCAAGUCGCAUCUGAGGUCAGAUCCAGAUGUCCGAGAAUCCAGCAUAGACAACAGCACAGAUAUUCUUAUCCUUGCCAGUGAUGGCCUCUGGAAGGUUAUGUCUAAUCAAGAGGCUGUUGAUAUGGCAAGAAAGAUUAAAGACCCACAUAAAGCAGCAAAACAGCUGACAACUGAGGCACUGGAAAGAGACAGCAAGGACGACAUAUCUUGUGUCGUCGUUAGAUUUAUAGGGUAAAGUUUACCUUAACAAAAGCGAAUCAAUUAUCUUCCAGGUAUCAUCUGAAAUACCCAUAAUUGCUGAAGUGACUCUCUUCUUCACACGAAUUUCCAAGUUACAAGCUUUUCUUAUGUAUUCCGUUGGUUUUGGUUGGCGGAAAAUGGGGUUUCUCUGUAAAUUUCCACCUUGUAUUCAUGGUUAGGUUGGUUUCUGGUGGCUUUGCUAUUGUUUGAUUUCUUUUUUACAUUGAAUUUGGGGGUGAGAGAGGAGAUUAUAGUGUAUAUUGUCUUUUGUUAAGGCAGCAAAAUCAUUCCUGUUUCAUCGUCGAUUCAACCAAGAAUUUCUUAUGGGUUUGGCUUGCAAGUGGAGAUGAACAGUAUGUUAUGAGCAGCAAGUUGUUCUGAUCAUGUGAUUGCAGUCCACAUCCUGAUUUGGAUUGAUCUUAUCCCAUAGGUAAAUUGUAGAUGCUUUCUCUUGUCAACCGCUGCCCAACUUGCUUUCGGUUACUUUCCAGGCAAAUAUCUAGCAGCAAGUAGCCAAGUACACAGCAAGUCAAUCAGCUAGGUUAACAAAACAAAUAUCUCUUGCAUGCUUUAUUGCAUACCCAGCGACUAUUUUGAUAUUAUGAUUACGGUUCAUUUUGUGUAUGGAACACAAUACGUCAUUGUGUGUUACGGUUCAUUUCCUUAGCCUUGAAUUUAGAAACUUUCAUACCAAGUCACAAAAACUGACUAUGUGAUUCAUGUACAUAAAUUGCUCUUUACAGAAAUCGUUUUAAAUGCGUAGAAUUCCUCGUAUUUAUUCGUGUGUCAUUGUAUCUUCACGGUGACGCACUGAAAACAUGUCAUAAGCAGUCAAACCUACUUUAUAAUCAUUGUUUGAUCAAUCGUUAAGCCUAAUUGUUAAUGAAAUACUUUAGAACAU